GAUACAUCGAAGUAGCAAGGUAAGAAAGAUGGCUACGGUUUCAUGGAAAGUAGGAAUUUCGUCAAGAUUAUUAGUAAGAAACCUUACUAACAGCGUUAAAGUUAGUCGCAAUGUUGUGAGAAGGAAUUAUUCACUCCAGUCAAGCUUUACAAGGAAUUGUUCCGCAGCGCCUUACCGUUUUAACACAAGAUAUUAUGCCACAGAGACCUCUGGAGACAGAACUUCAAUUUUGAAACAGCUGGAGGAUGACCAGAAAAAGAGUUCCAUAUUAAAACAGCUAGAAGAAGAGCAGAAAAAAGAUGAAGAAGAAGCCAAAAAGCACAGGGAGCAGAACUGGCGCAAUACCAAGCGGGGCUUGAUUGCGUGUGGUGGAAUGAUUACAAUCUCUUUUGGCUACAUGAUAUUCAGUUUUGGGGCAACUCCGACAGAUGCUGAGGGAAAUCCUAUAAAAGAUGAGUUUUCAGACUUGCCUUUUCCUCAACAACACAUUUACAGAAUAUUUAAGGAGCUUGACUAUGUUAAGAAGUUAUUUGGAGAGCCCUCCCGUCAGAAGCUUCUUCCUGACCCUUUGACCUAUCCGUACAUUCAACCUCCAUACACCUUAGUGCUUGAAUUUACUGAUAUGCUAGUUCAUCCAGAUUGGACUUACCAAACUGGUUGGAGGUUUAAGAAACGCCCAGGUGUAGAUUAUUUCUUAGAGCAAGUGGCACCUCCUCUUUUUGAAGUGGUGGUCUAUACAGCUGAAUCUGGAAUGACUGUAUUUCCUAUCUUGGAUGCAUUAGAUCCUAAUGGUUAUAUCAUGUACCGUCUUGUGAGAGAUGCCACUAAUUUUGUCGACGGCCAUCAUGUUAAAUCCUUAGAUCAUUUAAACAGAGACUUAAGCAAGGUAAUAGUGGUGGAUUGGAAUUCUUCAUCUGUCAAGAUGCACCCUCGCAAUACCUUGCUCAUCCCUCGCUGGAAUGGAAAUGACAGUGAUAGAACACUUAUUGACCUUGCUGCAUUUUUGAAAAUGUUGGCAACAAACAAAGUAGAGGAUGUUAGAGAUGUUUUAGACUAUUACCAGCAGUUUGAGGAUCCUUUGCAAGCUUUCCGAGAUAAUCAGCGUAGAGUUUUGGAAAAUCUAGAGCAAACUGAGAAGGAACGGAAAGAUGGCCAACAAGGUCUUGCUCAACGGUGGAGACCAAGUUUCUUAAAGAAGACUUGAAGGUUAGCAUGCAAACGAAUUAACAAAAGGUUUCAUCCCAGAACUUUCCUCAAUCAUGUCAUGUCAUAAUUCCUCAAUCAGCAUUUACAUACCUAGUCUCAAGUAACAUCAUGAUAGUGAUAAGGAUCCCUUUUCAUAUUCACUUUUUAUGAUUUGAACCAAACAAGAAAUAUUCCUCCUUUGUGUGUUCAUAAAAUAAGUGUUAUAGAGUGAGGCAUAAUUGAUCAAAAUGUUGAUAGAUUGGCGUCAUAGGCAUCAAUGCUUUCCAAUUUUCAUGCUAAUGCUUAGUCAAGAAUCACAGCCUUUUUCAGAUUUGGCAGCUAGUGAAAUUCCACACUAUAUUGUUAAACCACAGUACCAAAAAUAUUGUGAAAUGAUGUUUUAAGUUUCAAUGUGGGUUAGUGUAUAAACUAGCAGUAUAUUGACUACAGUGUAGGGUGUUUCAAGAGAUGUUAAGUUUGGAAAAUUUACCAUUCAUUAAAAUAAAGAAGAUUCAAUUCAUUAA